AUGAGGUCAAUUGCGUCCCUACUAUCAUGCGUGCUCGUGUGCUUCCUCGUGUUGGGAGGCGCGCCAAAGGCGAGCGCGCAGAUUCCAGAGAUCAACAUCACGGCCAUCACGGAUUUCCUCAACGAGUUCUUCGCGGCGCUCCAAAAGGACAAGCAGAGCUCCUUCCCCGGCACCAAGCUGUACGUGCUCAAGGGCAAGGCGGAGAACACGGGCGAUUACAACGACGUGGAUGAUGAUGACGAGGAUAGCGACAGCGAGAAGGAAGGCAAGCUCGAGAUUACCAAGUACACGUACAACAACAUCACUUCGUUCAAGUUUGAGGCUCAAUCGGACGGCAGUAAAAUCAAGUCGAUGACGAUUCGCAAGGGUCUGCCAACCGUGUUCGGAAAGGUUGUGCUGGUGGUUCCCGGAAACCCUGUUGAGGACGAUGACAAGUACACCAUGACCUCGUGGAUCGUGAACGCGUCCUACGUGGCAGCGUAUAACGGCAUGAGCGUUACAAGUGUGAUUGAUGACGUGUACAAGUCGCCGUACGCGUAUUAUGUGAACAUGACGACAAGCAAGGGUUGGCGGCGUGGGCAAAUGUACAAACCCCUCUUCUGCUUCUGGUGUGACUACUAA